AUGGUAAAUGGGAUUAGCAACGUUUACUCUGAUCUCAAAGCCCCAAAUACUGCGAUCACUUUCUUUGAAGAGAAGAAUUUUCUGGGCCGUCACUAUGAAUGUGACAGCGAUUGCUUAGAUUUUCACACUUCUCUAUCCCAUUGUAACUCGAUCAAAGUUGAGAAUGGGGCUUGGGCAGUGUACGAGCAACCAAACUUUACAGGAUUCUUGUAUGUUCUUACCAAGAGGGAAUAUCCUGACUAUAACAGCUGGAUGGGAUUCAAUGAUCGUGUUGCUUCAUGCCACAAGAUCCAACAAACAGGCACAGGCAAUUACAAGAUCAGAAUCUGCAAUAAGGGUGAUUACGAAACUCAAACAAUAGAAUAUACGGAUGACUGUCCAUCUGUCUUUGAACAAUUCCACAUUCAAGAUAUUGACUCCUGUACUGUCCUGGAUGGUGCAUGGGUUUUCUACGAACUUCCGAAUUAUCGUGGAAAGCAGUAUCUCCUUGAGAAGGGUGUGUACCAGAAAGCUGCAGAUUGGGGAGCAACCACCUCAACAGUGCAGUCCUUCCAUCGCAUCAUUGUCUAACUUAGAAAGCAGUGCAUUUCUUUGCAGGUUUCAAUUUAUUGAUUUGACUCAAAAAAUAUUUCAAUUGCAUUAAUAAAAUACAUUACAUGUAUUUUUCUUGGAGGAAAAUUUGCUGAAUAUUUCAGGGGUCAAGUUUUGGUUUUGGACGCAAUUGGAAAAUUCUUCCCAAACUGUACUUGCAGUUGCACUGGUUAGGUUACACUUCAAAUUUCUGCGAAAAUGUAUUUGCAUAAUCACAAACAUAAAAUCUUCCAUG